CUCAUUCUUGCUAUGGAGAGCAGCACAGUCAAGGCUGGAUCAUUUCAUGUUCCUGUGUGCUGAGUGACUGCUGUACCAGUCUGCCAGAUCUGCCCACCCUUUAAUUCACAUCUAACCUUACUGGCCAGCCACACACAAUGCCUGGGCACUGCCACUUUGCCUUAAUCCUCAUCUCUCUGGCAUCCCUUGGAGUUGCAGAUGAUGCCAUACAGUGCCCUCCUUGCUCACAGGAGAAGCUAAUUCGCUGUCUGGACCCUACUGGGUGCCUGGAACUGGUGAGAGAACCCGGUUGUGGGUGCUGUGCCACCUGUGCCCUCCAGAAAGGGAUGCCAUGUGGGGUCUACACUGCCCGAUGUGGCUCCGGGCUGCGCUGCUAUCCCACCAAAGGUGCCGAAAAGCCCCUGCAGACCCUUAUGCAUGGGCAGGGGGUCUGCAGUGAGAUCGGGGAGAUAGAAGCAAUACAGGGGACUUUCCAGACAGCAGCAGAAGACGACCUUCCCAAUAUCAGCUUGAACCCUUGCCCUACGAAUGACAAGACUUGUCUCCAGAAAGAACAAGCAAAAGCAAACCGAAACACCAUGCAGAGAAUGAAAAAACUGACUUUCAGCCGUCAAGCUGCCAAUAAUUUACCCACUCAGAUGGGUACUUGUCACUUGGCGUUGAACAUAGCACUGGAGAGAUUAGCAACACUCAGGACCAAAACGCAAGAGGAAUUUUUGAAUACCCCAAUACCAAACUGUGACCGAGAUGGAUACUUCAAUCCAAAGCAGUGCCAUCCAGCUCUGGACGGACAGCGUGGAAAAUGCUGGUGCGUCGAACGGAAAACUGGUGUCAAGUUAACCUCGGCCUAUGACCCUCUGCAGGACCCAGACUGUCAGUUGGCAUCUGAGCUCAUUAGAAAAUAAAGGAUCGCGCAUCGUUUCACUUGAAAACCGCCUACCCCUGGAACAUCCUAACAAAGACAUUCAGCUCUACGGGGACUUGGAACUCUUUACAACGAUGAACCUAAAAGCGACUGCAAGAGAAUGUGUCUCCGCUUCCUUGGCAAAUUCGAAAUUUUAUGGCAGUACUUCGUCAACUUUUAUAAACCAUGCCUAUUACA